AUGACGACCUACAAGAAGACCCGCACCACCGGCGUGCCCAAGUUCCUUCGCCACCUCUACUCCAUCCUCACAUCCGAAGACCCCAGCAUCAUCUCGUGGUCGGCCGACGGCGCCUCCAUCCAGCUCUUUAGCGUCACGCGCCUCGAGAACGAGGUCCUCUCCAAGUAUUUCAAGCACAACAAACUCGCAAGCUUCCAGCGCCAGCUCAACUACUUUGGUUUCCGCAAGUGGACCAAGACGCAGUCGCACGUGUGCACGUUCAGCCACCCCGA